CUACUUUUGUCCUUGGGGGCCGUCGUGCUCCAUGUACCGUGGAGAGUCUCGUACGUACACGCAGUUCCCAAGCGCUGGUUGCUAACGUGUGCAUUAGCAUCCAUGACUGGUUAAUAACUGUUCCCAUCUCGCUUUCAACCUCAAGUUUUACGGCCCUCUACCCAACACGUCAGGCGUUACAAUAGGCCUGGUCUUCACUACACUUCCUCGAUAUCCGCAUUGACAUCCUAAAAUGGAGACCUACAACGGCCACGUUCGCACACCCGCCGACGCCAUAUUACUCUUCGAAGCCUGUCGGUUAGGUCUACUCCCCCGAGUACAGCGGCGCCUGUCAGAAAAAGAACGGCAGCAGAUCAAGUCUGGAUCCGUCUUCGUAUGGGAUGAAAGGGAAGCAGGCAUGCGCCGCUGGACAGAUGGCAAGUCGUGGAGUGCCAGUCGCGUUUCUGGCAGCUUCCUGACCUACAGAGAAAUGGAGGGCAAACGGGGCAGUUUUCCCCCAAAUGGGCAAGGACAGAGAAGGACAGAUGGCAGAUCGCCGGAUCCCUCAGCGAAUGGGGAAUCAGAAGGAGAAGGCCCUGACGGUUAUCGGUACAAGCCGGAUGGUCUGAUGAAGCAGUCGUUCAGCAUCACCACUCAGAGCGGACAGCACCUCCACUUGAUCAGCUACUUCUCGCGCUCACAUUGCGGCAGCCUGAUGCAACCCACACAGGACCCCACACUACGGCACAUCCGGCCUCCUAGGAACAUGUAUCCUGAAUCAACAGUGAACGAGAGCCAGACUGUGCCCGCCGUCACUCGUGGCCCAAUGCCCGAAUCUCCAUAUGGAGCCGGUCCUCAGCCGGUAGGGUCGCAAUCGCCAUACAAUCGUCCUGGCCCCUCACCGCAGAUUCCUGUGUUGUUCUCCCCUUAUCCAGGUCCGCCUACACCGCCUUACCAGCCCACAACCUACUUCAUCGGUCAUCCUGGCGCGCAUAUCGCAUAUCCAGGUGGUGCUGCAGUCUUUUAUCCCCCUCCCGGCUAUGCUCACCCGCAUCCGCAAGCAAUUGCCCACAUGGAGCGCCUCCCGCCUCACCUGACGCACGCAUAUCCACCGGUCAGCCACCCAGCGUUCGCAGGACACCCGCAUGCGCAUCCUCUCCAACCACAAUACUUGCUGCAACCACGCCCUCUGCAAGUUUCGGAGCACCCACAUACCCCGCAUUACCCAAAACCACAGCCAGCAAAUUACCAUACGCCUCCUCACCAUCAACAACCGCCGCCCCCACCACCCAACGUUCCCGAAAUCCCGGAGCAAGGGCCCAUCCUCCCCGCCCUUAACGUCCCGAACAACAUUGACAAACCAUCUACUCCGCAAUCUGCAGACCACCGACCCGAACUCGCGCAAUCCCAGUCUCGAUCCAGCGUCACAGAGACGAAUGGCGCGUCGACACAGCCCGGUGCGACUACUGCAGCUCCGUCGCCCAACAGGACCAUUCCGAAUAUCCAUACCCUGCUUAACAGCCAUACUCCCGAGCACAACGGUGCCACAAAUACCAACGGCGACGCAGCCAGCAAGUCUAUCCCGAAUCCCUCAGCGACCUCCCGUUCUGGUAGCCGUAGCCCAGGUGCGGCUCAGCAACCCCCACGUGAGAUGGUUACGGCAGCGAAUAGUCGGGCGGCGGACACAGUCGCGAUUUCACGGCUCAAUUCGACGUUCCUGUAGGAGACUACAUUCAUUGGUCGCUCAGCUGCUAGCUGAUAGCGGCUGAAGUUGACCAUCAUGGCACGUUUCUGUUUCAGGGAGGGAGGGCGGAUCUGCACGAUUGAUGACGGUGGCUUCUUCUUUCUCCGCCAUAGCAUGGGUCAGGGGGAGGUUCCGCUGCAUGCAUGCACAUAUGGAUGGCGUUUUACCUAGUCCAGCAUUUGACGGUGGGCUUCUUAUUUCUUCCUCUUAUGGGGUUCGCUGAAAAGGGCAGUUAUGGCGUUGUAUUGUAUGAAUAUAUAUGGUAUGGUGUAGUUUUUUUUUCAGGCAUGGGAGCGGUCAUAGCGCUGUAGCUACAUGUCAUGGUAGUCAGUCAGUAGCAAGGAAUGCAUGCACUGCGUCCCAAUGGCGCGGUACGUCUUGCUUAAGCCGACCUUGUCUCCUGUGCGUCUUUAGAUAUGC